AUGUCUAGCCAGGGUAUUGAAUUGGAUCAAAUAGGCAGAUCGAGCGAGGAUAAGUCCUUUGAUUUAAGCUUUGAAAAUGGAAACGAGUUCACCAUCGAGGAUCCGACGGAAUUCCCCAAAACCGUUGAGUUUAAAGGGCACACAUUAAUUAUUGAGAAUACAGAUAUCAAGGAAUCGGUUAAACUUCGAUUCCAGACCGUCGUCAUCUCCACAACGUUCAUGAUCAUGGGAAUUCUCGACCAGUCCUUGGGAUCCGUGAUGGAAUAUCUUCUAGAGGACUAUCACACUGAUAGAACCCAUUUAUCAAAUUUAUUUAUUUUCCAAGCAUUGGGAUACAUCCUUGCAAGUUUCACGAAUAAUAAACUUUAUAAGCAAUUGGGACUGAAAGGUCUGUUUCCUUUGUCUCUGGUGUUAAUGGGAUCUUGGUCCGCAGCGUUUGCAGCCAAAUUGAAUCUAGGUCCCCUGAUAUUUUUCGCCAUGGUUAACGGAAUUGGGUUUGGAACUGCAGAUUGCGCAAUGAAUCUGUACGUCGGAAACUUGAAGUAUAGUAACCAACUUUUGGGUACUAUGCACGCAUUCUAUGGGUUCGGAUGUUUCAUCAGCCCUCUCUUGUGCACAUACUUAAUCCACCAAGGCUUUUCAUGGAAUCAGUACUAUAUCAUCAUUCUGGCUCUGAUUUCUGUAGAGUUGGUUGGUGCAUUGACACUUUUCACGCAUGAGACCGGAUUAAAAUACCAGUACCAGCUGAAACUGGACCGUGAAAAGGAGGGUGAUGAAGACGAGGUGACGUUCAUUCAAAUUGUGAAGAAUAAGUACGUGCUCUUCUUCUCCACAUGUCUAUUCUUCUAUCUCGGCUCGGAAUUGAGUCUUGGUGUCUGGUUGUUCAACUACCUACUGAGAAUCCAUGAAUUCACUGACAGCUCUUCUUCCUACGUCACAAGUGCGUACUGGAUCUUUUUGACCGCCGGUCGGUUGGUUCUUGGUCUCGUUACCGGUCAUCUGUUUGAUGACUUUGAAACAAAAGGUAUGAUAAUAUAUUGUACCUUGGUCACGAUUGGUGUUUGCGUCUUCUGGUUGUUCAAUCACAUCCCGCUCAUCAUGAUCACGUCUAUUUGCUUUGUCGGAUUCUUUGUUGGUCCUAUGUUCUCUGUGACCGUGGUGAUUUCCAUGAAGACCCUUCCAAAAAGACUUUCUACUGCAGGUGUGGCCAUCAUUUGUGGUUUGGGUGCUAUGGGGGCCACCGUUAUGCCCUACAUCAUGGGCCUCAUUGCGGACAACACAGCAGGUGGUGAUGGUGCUGGAUUGGUUUACUUCCCAUUCUAUGAAUUGCUGCUGUUCUUGUCCGCGAAUAUGAUGUGGGUGUUCUUCUUUUUCCGCAACAAAAGAACCCUUGAGCUUUACGAAAGACUUCCUUCGGAUUAA